UACAGAAAUACGUUAAUACUAACACACAGACCGUACGGCCUUUUCAGAAGCCCACUACGCUUCACUCCCUGUCCUCACUCUCAUUGACUACUCAUUUCCUCUCCUUUCCCCCUCUCUCUCUGCGCCCACAGCAAUGGUGUCACUAUUGUCUUUCUUCUUCGUCUUCUUCACCUUCACGAACCUCUGCAACUCCCAACAACCCACCACCACCAAAGAUUACCUCCAGCUCCCACUUCUCCACAAGCAGCCCUUCUCUUCGCCCUCACAAGCCCUCUCCCACGACACUCACCGCCUCUCCCUCCUCCACGCUCGCCGCCACGACAUCAAAUCCCCCGUCGUUUCCGGCGCCUCCACCGGCUCCGGCCAGUACUUCGUAGAUCUCCGCCUCGGCACCCCACCCCAGAGCCUCCUUCUCGUUGCAGAUACGGGCAGUGAUCUGGUAUGGCUCACCUGCUCCGCCUGCACCAACUGCUCCAAUCGCGACCCCGGUUCGGCUUUCCUCGCCCGCCACUCCUCCACAUUUUCCCCCUACCACUGCUACGACUCCGCCUGCACACUCGUCCCCCAACCCGACCCGAGUCCAUGCAACCGCACCCGCCUCCACAGCCCUUGUCGUUACGAGUACACCUACUCCGACGGAUCCCUAACGGCCGGGUUCUUCUCCAGAGAAACGACGACGUUGAAAACCAGCGCCGGGAGAGAAACCCAGCUUCCAAACUUAUCGUUCGGGUGCGGGUUUCGGGUCUCGGGUCCGAGUGUCACCGGUCCGAGCUUCAAUGGGGCACAAGGAGUUAUGGGCCUCGGACGUGGGCCCAUCUCGUUCGCGUCUCAACUGGGCCGCCGGUUCGGGAACAAGUUCUCGUACUGUCUCAUGGACUACACCCUAUCCCCGCCUCCGACGAGCUACCUGAGAAUCGGCCGAGGCGUCCCCCACGACGUCGUUUCGAAAAUUCGCUUCACCCCCAUGCUAGUGAACCCUCUCUCCCCCACAUUUUACUACAUUGGGAUCAAGAGUGCAUCCGUCAACGGCCUUAAAUUACCUAUUCACCCCUCCGUCUGGUCCCUCGACCGGGCCGGUACUGGCGGCACCGUCAUCGACUCGGGAACCACGCUAACCUUUUUGCCCGAGACGGCUUACCGCGUCAUCCUGGCGGCGUUUAAGCGGAGCUUGAGACUCCUUGCGAAGCCAGCCAAGCCGACUCCGGGCUUCGAUCUUUGCAUCAACGUGUCGGGCGUGGCCAGGCCGAGUCUACCCAGGCUGAGUUUCAGACUCGUCGGGAACGCGUUGUUCGCUCCGCCGCCGAGUAGCUACUUCAUAGACACGGCGGAGCAGGUCAAGUGCUUGGCGAUCCGGCCCGUGGAUUCCGGGUCGGGUUUUGGGGUAAUAGGGAAUCUGAUGCAACAAGGGUUCCUGUUCGAGUUUGACAGGGACAAGUCGCGGCUCGGUUUUUCACGUCAUGGCUGUGCGCGACCGUGACAACGAAACGAGUCCGAGGCAUGACUCGGGGCUGAGUCCAAACUCAUUUUGUUUUCCUCUUCUUUUUAUUUUUUUUCCACUUUGAUUUUAAUAAUUAAUUGUUUCUACAUACAGAGUGAAAUUAUUUUUGACA